GAGUAGUCUAGUGUAAAUGGUACAUAUUCAAAUCCCGGAAAUAAUGCUGUUAAUCGUUUUAGUUAUAAUAAUGACUUCGACAGUUGUAUGCCAAGUAGGUGGGACAUCUUCUGUUAAUGUUUUUUCUAAAUUAAUGCAUGGUAUUAGGCAUCGGACCAGAACUGCGUUGCUAUCAAUGCAACUCACUAACACAACCUCACUGUGCAGACUAUUUUGAUAAUCGAACUUUUCCACUCGUCGCCUGUCCAAAUGAUGGAAGAAAUUAUUCUAGAUGUGUCAAAAUGAUUCAAGAAAUGUAUCUAGAUGGAAAAUGGACUAGACGUUAUUAUAGAGAUUGUGCUGUAACCGGUGUAAUUGGUGCAGAGGAUGGUCGUUGGUGUAUAGAUCGUUUGGGUACUUAUCGUGUUAAAGUACGAUAUUGUAAUUGUAACAAUAAAAAUGGAUGUAAUUCAAGUACAUUACUAUCUGUUUCAACAACAACACAUUAUACUUUUAUAUUUACUGUAUCUAUAUUUUACAUUUAUCGAAUUCUUAAAGUAUAGGCAUUUAGAUACAAGAAAAUGUUUCAAUUUCUUUUAUUUUUUAUUUAUAUGUUUAUGUAUUUGCAACGAAUAACCUUUUUAAAAAUAAAAUAAAAACUAGGUAAUAUUUAAAUAUGAAUACAAACUUUCAUCUCCAUGGUGUCUAUCAAUAACAAAAAAAAGAUAUCGAUCAUUGAAGAGAAACAAACUAGGAGGAUCAGUUACCUCAUUAUCAUUCAUUAAUUCAUUUUUAUGCAUGGUUACAUCAUAUAUAUAUGGUUUGUUUUUCAUUCUUGUAUAAAACAUAUUUUUUCUUUAUUUUAAAUUCACCUCCUUACUUACUGUUAAUAGUGAAAAAGUGUAUGUAAAAAACGAUUAAUAAUACAAAUUGU